AUGUCAUCAUCAAGAGCUCUCCGCCUUCAAUCGGCCCUCCGAAACCCCAUCCUCCGCACCUCCGCACAACUCGCACCCCGCCGGGGCUACGCCGUCAAGGAGCCCCCAGCACCAAACCCCAUAAACCCGUCCGGUUCAGCACCGUCCCGCCCGGCUCCUGCACUGUACCUCGUCCUCGGCGCCGCCGCAGCCCUGGGCGGCACCUUCGCCUUCCUGACCGGCGCCCCAGACCGCGCAGCAGGCGUCGCGGACUCCGUCACCCGCGGCGGCGGGCCGUCCAUCACGCCCGGCCUGGGUCCUAAACCCUCGAGCGAGCGGAAUCUGGAGAACACGACGGGACGGGAUGCAAACCGGCAGACGGGGUUGGCGGGGAUAAAGAGCAAGCAGACGGAUCCGAACCAGCUGCAGGCGAGCAAUUGA